CCUCCAGAUCAAAGACUUAUUCAUGAAGAAAUGCCCUGGGGUGAAUUCUCUCUUCAUUGAUGGCUCCUUCCAGCUGCUCUACUUCAUCUACUCCGUGCUGGUGAUCGUCUCUGCGGCCCUCUACCUGGCAGGGAUUGAGGCCUACUUGGCCGUGAUGGUCUUUGCCCUGGUCCUGGGCUGGAUGAAUGCCCUCUACUUCACACGCGGGCUGAAGCUAACGGGGACCUAUAGCAUCAUGAUCCAGAAGAUCCUCUUCAAGGACCUUUUCCGCUUCCUGCUUGUCUACUUGCUCUUCAUGAUCGGCUAUGCUUCAGCACUGGUCUCCCUCCUGAACCCCUGCGCCAACAUGACGGCAUGCAGCGAGGACUGGGGCAACUGCACGGCGCCCACCUACCCCUCGUGCCGCGACAGCGACACCUUCAGCACCUUCCUGCUGGACCUCUUCAAGCUGACCAUUGGCAUGGGCGACCUGCAGAUGCUGAGCAGCGCCAAGUACCCCGUGGUCUUCAUCGUGCUGCUGGUCACCUACAUCGUCCUCACCUUCGUGCUGCUCCUCAACAUGCUCAUCGCCCUCAUGGGGGAGACCGUGGGCCAGGUCUCCAAGGAGAGCAAGCACAUCUGGAAGCUGCAGUGGGCCACCACCAUCCUGGACAUCGAACGCUCCUUCCCCGUGUUCCUGAGGAAGGCCUUCCGCUCCGGGGAGAUGGUCACCGUGGGCAAGAACUCGGAUGGAACCCCAGACCGCAGGUGGUGCUUCAGGGUGGACGAAGUAAACUGGUCCCACUGGAACCAGAACCUGGGCAUCAUCAACGAGGACCCGGGCAAGAAUGAGACCUACCAGUACUACGGCUUCUCCCACACCAUGGGCCGCCUCCGCAGGGGUCGCUGGUCCUCCGUGGUGCCCCGCGUGGUGGAGCUGAACAAGAACUCGAGUGCGGACGAGGUGGUGGUGCCUCUGGACAACAUGGGGAGCCCCAGCUGUGACGGCCACCGGCAAACUUAUCCCCCCAAGUGGAGGACUGAGGACCCCCUCCUCUAGGCUGCGGCC